AUGGCUCUGCGCGGUGGGCGGGCUAUUGCUCUGCGCGGUGGCCGCGCUAUGGCUCUCCGCGGUGGGCCUGGCCGUGCUGAAGGCCAGACGUUGCUGCAUCGAGCCUCCGUCUUGUGCUCGAUUGCCAUUUUACGCAACCUGGUUGCCUUUUGGCCGGACGGUGUGCAAGUGUGGGAAACUCUGACAGACAGGUGGCCGGCAGUUGUGCUUCAUGUCACCAACAACGCGGGCAACACUCCGCAACGACUUUGCAUGCAGAGUGAGCUGGUAGAAGCCGUCCGCCGCAACAAUGCCAGCAGAGUGGAGAGGCUGUCCGCCGGGCAGUUCGACGUUAGCAGUACUCGCACAGUCGACGAGUUCUCUCCAGCUAAAGGCCAGACGUUGCUGCAUGAAGCCUCCGCCUGUUGCUCGUUUGACGUCUUGCGCUUGCUGGUCGAAGCCUGGCCGGACGGUGUUCAAGCAUGGCCCGAAGGAGUAAGCGCCCAAGAUGUCCACGGUGACACACCCUUGCACUAUGCUUCACGAGAAUGUCAUGUCAACUCGGAAGUUUGGGAAAUGCUGACAGACAGGUGGCCGGCAGUUGUGCUUGCCACCAACAACGCGGGCGACACCCCGCUACAAAUUUGCAUGCAUUCUGAGUUGGCAGAAGCCGUCUACCGCAACAAUGCCAGCAGAGCGGCGGAGCUGCUGUCAGGUGUCCAAGUGGUGUCCAAGUGGCUGACUCUAAUGGACGAGUACCUCUGCAUGUAUGGCCCGAAGGACUACGAGCCAGAGAUGUCGAUGGUGGGUGCGUGCCGCCCUGCGCGUCACCACAACAACAAAGGCGACACUCCGCUGCAUGCAGUUCCAUUCCGGACGGGGUUCUGGGACUAUGAUCUUUUGCAGGUCUUAAAGCAGGUGUGGCCGGACGGUUCUAUGCCGACUGUCCACAGACUUCAAUGCGAGCUGGUCGUCGCAGCGGCUUGCAACGUGACCGCACCCUGGUUCCAGCCAUCCUGGCAAGCGCACGCUGUAGACUUCAACUGUCUGUCAUUCCGACAGCUCUCGAAGCCUGCGGUGCAGCUUUGGUUGAGCUGCGGCGGUUAUGUGGGCUGGCGAUCUCCUUCAGGGGUUCCUUUGUGGGCAGAUUUGGAUAGCCCAGACGCCAGGGACUUCUUGAAAGCGCAAGUCUCGACGACAACGCUGAUCUCGGCCAUCUCCGCCGCCACCUGGGUCGUUCCUGGCUGCGUGGUCCUGGUGACCUGCGCGGUCGUGGCCCUCGAACAGAAACUCUUGCAAAGGAAACGGCAGCGCGCAAGUUUGCAUUCGACCGCGAAGCGUUUGGAUCCGUUCCAGAACGGUGCUAUGCUUCUAGUCAGUCGAGCCUUUUCAACCCACGGAACGCUUUGGCGACUCUGGUGUUGGCUGGAAGUUUAUACUGCCAUCUAUCUUUUUGGCUUCGCACUGAUUGUUGCCUAUUGGGCCUGGUGGUUGCCUGUGGUGACUCUGGCUUACUUCAUCCCAGCAGUUCGACUGCGUGGGCUGCGGGCCUUGCUCCGUGCUCCGGCUCUGGCAAUACUGAGCCGGGGGUUUCCCAGCCAAGUUAUUGCCCUCCUCCGCACUUCAGUAUUGAUGGGCAUUGUCCAUUUUCUGACGGCCAUCGCCAAACAGGGACAAGCGAUUCACGGCAGAAUCAUCAAUCCGUUUCACGCGGAGUUGAGAUUUCAUAGAUUAGGUGGCGGGCACUGGGCACCAUGGCUCGGUGACUACCAGGUCUGGGGUUUGUGGGACAACAGUUUUUUCGGGCCUAUAAGCGCCGCAGAGCUUUUCAUGUGCCUACAUUUUUUCAGCCUGGUGGUCGUCCUGUCUUAUGUGGUGUGGUUGGCGCUUCUCGUCGUCAUGGGCUGCACGGAGCCACUCCGUGCUGGCCGAGGGGAUCCAGAGCCUGAAGACCUUCAAGAAGCAGCUCUGCAGGCUGUGAAGGAUCUCUUGGAGCAGUCGCCGGAGCAAUUCGUUGAGGUUCAUUCGAAAAUCAAGCCAGUUGUGGCGCUUGCUUGGCCUUGGCAGGGAGGCGGACUGUGGAUGAGUGUUGCAGUGCUGAUGCUAGAUGUGGGCCUGGAUAUCAACACCGUUGGGACAUUUCUCCUGUCACGGGACUACUUCUUCGCUGCCCUUCUGACGUUCAUUGUGGUGCGGAGCACCCUGAAGCAGCUGUGCGUCCUUCCCUUGUGGCGUCUCCGCCAGGCUGUCACAGCCAGCGCAAAGCGCGGCAUUCCGCGGCAAGACAUCUUGGACUUCCUCGAGGAGAUUUGA